AAUCAAAACAAUAUAUUUAUCUUUUUUUUUUUUUUCUUCUUUCUUGUUUCUUCCUAGGACACAAGUUUCUAUCAAGAGCCAACAACUUCAACACGACAACCAUAUUCAGUAUCUUAUUCUACGCAUACAACUCUUAACGACGAUUUCAAUCACAAGCUACGGACCGAACUUCCUCCUUCACCACCAUCAAAUACGACUCACAGCGACAAACAGCAUUUGCUUAUUACACCAAAAUUCGGCAGCGGAAACGGAAACCAUAUGACCCAAUCUUUCCCUAGACGUGCAUCCUUAUCAUCUGAUACUCCUUACAAUUUCUCCAAGCAAUCAUACUGGGAUUCAUUUGCCGGUUUCCAAUGGGAUGCCUCUCCAACCAAUACACCUGAAGUUGAAACCAAUUUAUCCUUUCCUGAUAUGAUGGGAAUCACUUCAUCUACUAGUACCAAUAGUGUCUUAUCUGUGCCUAUGCUUCCUGGUGUACCUUUGGAACCUAUGUAUCGACAACAACGAAGUCUAUCAUUCUCUAUGGGUCAAGAUCCUUCUUCUUUUGGUUAUGGUGAUUAUGAUGAUGACAUUCCCGAAAAUAACAAUAACCGACAAGGUUAUAAAUCCUCUCUUGAAACAAUGGCGGAAGAAGAUGAAAUCGGACCGGAUUGUCGUGGACUUUUUUCUUACUUGGAUCCAACAUUACUGGACGGUAAUUUCAACCAACAACAAAUGUCAUUCGAUACAUUAGCCAAUUCACCACCUCCACCAUCAUCAUCGUCUCGUAUGAGAUCUCAAUCAUCUGGUGCAACAUUUGGAUAUCUUUCUUCAGGAUCUUUAGGAAAUACUUUUUCCAGAACUUCUACAAAUCAACAACAUCGCCAUCACUACUUAUCGUCUUAUCAUCCAUCUCAACAACAUUGGCAUGAUUCACAACAUCGAAGGUUUUCACUAGCUAGUUUAUGGAAUGAAAGUAAUGAUAUCAAAAACAACCACAACAACCACAACAGCAAUAAUACAUCUUUAGCAAUGGAUCAUACUCAGCCUAUUUCUUCAAAUGCACCAACAACAUCUCAUCUGCUAUCUUCACCAUUGUACAACCAAGAACGCGAUCAACAAUACGAUAUUUCCUUCCAACAAAGACUGAGUCACAGUGUAGAUUAUUCCUUUCCUGAGAAGAACAGUAGGUAAGUAGAUGAAAAAAAAAAAUCAUGUGUUAUUGUGAAACCUUGAUGUUGGAUUUUAUUUCUCUUUACUUAUAUAUUUAUAUAUUUUCAAAAGCUAUCCUC